AUGUCUCACCCUUUAGCGGCCGAUAUAGUUGACAGCACCCUGAAAUACACAUCUCAUGCAGGCGUUGAGUGUUCUAUUGACUUCAACGAUAUUCUCUGCGUGUUGUCCAAUCCACCCACGUAUAGAGUGUUGUUCUUCCAGAAAACUGAACUGGAUGGCCCCAAAUCUGAGGACUUUUCCUUAAAAAAGAUCGAUAUCGACUCUUUGCCCGCAGAACUAUCUCCGCUUGUGAUCAAAAUUCCUAGCCAUCUUCGACGUGAAGAUGAGCCACCUAUCGUCCAGGUUGUGGUAUCUACUGGAUCAGGAACGGGGAAAGCCAAGACUGUCUUUGAAGAUGUUGUACGGCCCCUUUUCACACAUAUCGGGCUAGAUAAUUAUGAGCUCCACGAAACAGAAUCGGCGCAAACUAUUAUCGAGCUCACACGAUCGAAUUUCCUGGAGCGAGCUCAUAAUGGCGUUCCUCAGACCAUCAUCCUUCUUUCUGGCGACGGAGGACUCAUCGACAUCCUCGACAUAUUCUACAAAUCCAAGAAGACGAUUGGUGUAUCUCCCAACAUCGUGUUGAUUCCUUGUGGGACAGGGAAUGCCAUGGCAAGUUCCAUUGGAUUACGAUCUGGUCCGGUGCCGGGUCUUUCAACCCUACUUCGAGGCAGCCCAUCUUCCAUCCCGGUCUUUGCUGCCAAGUUCUCACCUGGCAGUCGGUUGGUUAUCGACGAAGGUCGACAGCGAGCCGAUAUCGACAGCGAUGUGAACCACACAUUAUACGGGGCCGUUGUCGCGAGCUGGGGGCUCCAUGCUGCAUUAGUUGCAGACAGCGAUACAUACGAGUAUCGAAAAUUCGGAGUCGAUCGUUUCAAGAUGGCCGCAAACGAGCUACUUUAUCCCUCAGACGGCACUCCGCCUCACCAAUUCCAAGGCAAAAUCACAUUAACCACCUCGAAUGGCCCGAACGAGGCACGAGCCCAAGAAGCAGUGGAAGGGCUUGAGCACAUGUAUGCGCUUGCUACACUCGUUCCACGACUUGAAAAGGAGUUCUUGAUUUCUCCAGACUCAGUUCCUCUGGAUGGACAGAUGAGGUUCAUCCGAUUCGGUCCCAUGUCGGCGGAAGACGCGAUGCAGUUGAUGACUCUAGCCUAUCAGGGCGGUCGACAUGUGACGGAAGAUACGGUCACCUAUGCCGACACUGAACAAGUUCGAAUCGAUUUUCAAGAAGAUGAGGAGAGGUGGCGACGCGUCUGUAUUGAUGGAAAGAUCGUCGCUGUCGAAAAAGAUGAUUCGAUGCUGAUCACUGCGCGCACCUAUUCGGCCUCCCAGACCCCAGACCAAGGUGCAGCACACCCCUGCCAUAAAAGGUCGCAAUUUCAUACCUUCUCUGGCUGGCAAACAAUUCCGGCGGAUACAAAGGAAGCGACCAACAUGUUGUUAAUCCAUCAAGUUGGCAGUGUUCGCGUUGGGGAAGUCGUUCGAUAUACGAUUACAUACACUCCGGCCGACGAUCCGAUCCUUCCUAUUCCAUCAAAUCUCUACGUGAGGGUGAAGAACACAUCUGCGAUCCCAUUGCGCGCCGCAUACCUCCAUGGCCCGUACACGCUAUACGCGGCUUGCUAUCCCUCGCAGUUUGACCCCAACACCAAAUAUGAGCGACAGGACCUAGAGGGUACACCACAGUUUGAGCCCUACCUCAAGGCCGGAGGUGGCUGGGACGCCGUCAUUAAAGUGCCGGCUAAUCUCCUGGAGGCUCACGAUUUUGGCUCUCCGGGUCAAGGCGGACCUGCAAGUGGACAAAGCGUUAGCUGGAUUGUUGAGAUACAAUCGCAGGUGAUAUUCUCAAGCAGUGCAGCGGUCCAUUUUGAACUGCUGGUGGGCCGAGAUGAAAAAUCGCUGGCAUAUUUUUCGGGCGGUGCAUGGAGUGGCGGAAUUGGCUCUUCUGGGCCUCCGGCAAAGUUACGAGACCAUUGGCUGCCUGAAACUAGAGGUAGUCAAGUGCUUGCCUCGAAAGGCGUGUACUCAAAGGCAAUCGCUCUUCAUGUCGACGAUACGACUAGUCUAUGGAGCAAUCCGCCAUUCCCUUCGGCCAAGCCGGACUCCAAAUCCGUUGACCAGAAGAACCAGGACUCGCAGCCUUCGUGUGAAAACUCAGCGCCGGAGGACUGUACUGAAGCUCCGAUUAAAAGCGCCAAGAAGAAGGUGCAUCUCGUGUUACUGACACACGGGUUGCACAGCAACCUCGGGGCAGACAUGCUCUAUUUGAAGGAGAGCAUUGACGCAGCCAUGAGAAAGUCUAAAAAGAAAGACAGUCGAGCUAAAGCUCCCCAUGUCAGCCCUGUUGGAAUGAAUGACCAAGAAACCCCGACAAGUAAAUCCAGUCAUGUUGAGGAGGAGCAAAAUAGCCAGCCUAGUGAUAACCCCGAGGAUGACGACGAAGAGCAAGUCAUUGUCAGAGGAUUCUCUGGCAAUGCUAUUCGGACUGAGCGUGGGAUUCAAUACCUCGGCAAACGGCUGGCCAAAUAUGUCCUGCUUCUUACAUAUCCCGAUCAACCAUAUUUCCCUUUGAAGGGCCCAAAGUCGAACCCAUUUUCUCGACCUUUUAGUAAUCGCAAGGAGCGAGCUCAACCAUUUGCUCACUCAGCCGAAUCAACCCCCCAAGAGAAUGCCCAAGAAUUUCAAAAUGAAGACCAUGCCUACCAGAUCACGAGCAUCAGUUUUGUUGGUCAUUCUCUCGGUGGACUUGUUCAAACAUAUGCAAUCGCAUAUAUCCAAAAGCACUCGCCUCAGUUCUUUGAGCAAAUCAAGCCUGUUAACUUUAUUGCUCUUGCAACCCCUUUUCUUGGUCUCAGCAAUGAGAAUCCAAUGUAUGUUCGAUUUGCACUGGAUUUAGGUCUAGUUGGUCGUACCGGCCAGGAUCUCGGAUUGAGUUGGACGGCGCCAAAAGUUCGAAGUGGCUGGGGGGCCAUUAUUGCUGGAAGAGGAGAGUCUCCAAAAGACGCCGGCCAUUCAGAUCCUGGCGCCAAACCUCUUCUACGGAUUCUUCCUUGUGGUCCUGCCCACGAGGUUCUUAAGAAAUUCCAACAUCGUACAGUGUACUCGAAUGUGGUGAAUGAUGGGAUAGUUCCUUUGCGGACGUCUUCGCUUUUGUUCCUAGACUGGAAAGGUCUGGACCGGGUUGAAAAGGCGAGGAGGGACAACGGACUUGUUGGAACUAUGGCCGAAUGGGGGUGGGCAGAGUUGACAGGCGCUAACUCGAAAUCCCCGCGACUUGCUCGCCCCGAUGGAGAACUGCCUUUGAGUCUCCCGGCAUUGGAGACCAGUCAUCAAACUGCAUAUUCCGCGACCCCGGUUUCCGCAAGACCCAAAGACGACAUUUUGGACGAAGAUACAACCUCCCCGAGGCGGACACAAUUCCUAGCACCAUCCAGUCAUGUCUCCAGCCAGAAAAUUCCAGAGGAGGGUGUGGUGAAGGAAAAUUCCUCGGGAAGUGCGCCUCACAGUCCCCUGGACAGCUUUUUCUCGCUGUUUCGCCUAAAUCAGGGCAAGAACCCCCCUAAUAGCAAGAAUGCUAGGAUUUACAAGCGUAGCCAGACCCUGAGCACGUUUGAGACCGGCGAUGGUGGUGGCGAUGGCAUAAUGCCCAUUACUCAUGGACAUUCUUCGCACGAGCAAGAAGGUGUGCACACGCCUCCAAAGACAACGUUUUUCGAGUCUGCGGGAGACUUGCUGAUGCCGCCUUUGCCACCUGCGGAUUUCAUCUUGGAUCCUGCCUCGCGACCCCGGACAAUCUUCCACGACCGCAUCUACCACCCAGGGGAUAUACCACCCCCUUUGCCGACGAAACGACGCACAAUAGCAUUUGGUUCACUGCAGGGCAAGCAAUCGAAGUCGGCGUCCCCCCAGCACUCACCUGCUAGCAUCACGGAAAACGAAAGUGGCCUCAAAGUCGAAGAAAAAAUCGCGAGAGCCUAUCACCGUGAUCUGACUUGGCGUAAAGUACUUGUUCGACUUGAGCCCGAUGCCCACAAUAACAUUAUUGUGCGGCGCAUGUUCACCAAUGCCUAUGGUUGGCCUGUUGUGAAACACUUGGUUGAUACGCAUUUCGGCCACACGUCCACUGCGGAAACUGACGAUUCUCUGAAGCAAAAUGUGGAGAUGGCCAAGUCUCCAGAUGUUGGUCCGACUAGUUCGGGUGAUGAGGUUGAAGGGCAGACCGAUUCUGUCGAUUCAAAUUCAGUAAAAGAUACAGAUGAUUUGCCAAAAGUAUCCGAUCUCCAUAUAUCGGAAGAUCUUUCUUCUGGCCCCAAGGACACAUUACCGGCCGAACAUGAAUCGCACACGAGCAGCAGUGACAGACAUCUUGUAUCGAGGCAGGAUUCAGCACGAUGGACUGAUCGUGAAGUUGUCGAGGAUGACAGCGAGUCUGGUUUCGAAGUGGAAACUAACGCUGGUUUCCGUCACAUAUAA